AUGUCGGUGUGUGAUCUACGCUCCCCAGCGCAAACCUCUCCCAUCCACCUCACCUGCUUCGGCGGAGCCUCGGUGCCGAGCCUGCUCUUUCUCCCAGGCACGUUGCGCCUUGUACACCUAUUGGCCCCUCCCUCAGCAGCUGCUGCAGGGACCCUCCCUCAGAAGCUGGUGCUGGACCUUAAACCUUCUCUCACCGCUUCCUCCCCCUCCCUUCCGAUCCCUCCUCCUCCUGUCGCCCCAUGCCCUUCAGGUCAGGAGCAGGUGUUGGCAGCUGCUGCUGGGAACUCCGUUUUCCUUGUUGACAGGCGAAAGCAAGUCCAACUUACAGGUGGCUUUCUGCACCACUCUCAAUCUCUCCCUACCACCCUUCACCAGUUGGCAGUGGACCGUAAGGGCGACUUCCUGGCCGCUGCAGAUGAUUCAGGGCAGGUCAAGGUCAUCAGUCUCAUCAACCACUCGCUGCAUCGAACCCUUCGAGGCGUGCAUAGCUCGACUUUCCAGCUUCUCUCCUCUCUUCCUCUCCUUCUCUCCUCCUCUCCUCCUGUCUUCUUCUCGCUCCCUCCCCUCUCACUGAUUCUGCAUCUCACCGUUGCUCUGCUCCAUCUGUCUCCAAUCUUUCCUCUCUUCCUCUCCUCUCCUUCUUUCUCCUCCUCUCUCCCCUCCAUCGCCCUCCAGUGUUCUCAGCUGCUCUCGAGUGUACCUGGGCUCAAUGGGACUUUGCUUCUGUCCGAUCCGUCUUUUGAGUCGACUCAAAAGUUCUCUCGAGUGUACCUGGGCUCACUGGGACUUUGCUUCUGGCCGAUCCCUCUCUUAAUUUAUCCUCUUUCUGUGAUUCCCAGUCAGAAUCUCUCUCCCACUUCCUCCCUCCUCUCCUCCUCUCUCCCCUCCAUCGCCCUCCAGUGUUCUCAGCUGCUCUCGACUUGGGACUUCGCCUCUGGCCGACCCCUCCGCUCAGUCAACCUGUCAGCAGAUACCACCUCCCCCAGCCCGCCCUCCCCCAACACACCCUCCUCCGCCUUCUCGUCUCGCAUGUGCAAUCCUCCCUUCAUCCACUCUCUAUCUUGUGGGAUGCUGAUGCUGACGUGGAUGGUGAAGGGGAGAGGAGGGGGGGAGGAGGAGGAGGAGGAGGAGGAGGAGGAGGAGGAGGAGGAGGAGGAGGAGGAGGAGGAGGAGGAGGAGGAGGAGGAGGAGGAGGAGGAGGAGGAGGUGGUGGUGGGCAGGAAGAGAGAAGGAGGAGGAGUGGGGGCAGAGGCAGAGGCAGAGGCAGAGGUAGAGGAAGUGGAAGUCGUGGAGGAGGAAGACAGGGAAGAGGGGGAAGUGGACGGCCUAGGGAUGGCAUUGCUGCUGUUCCUGCAACGAUUGCAGAGGACUCAGAACUGGAUAACGAGGAAGCUUGUAACGGGGACAAUCGCGUUGCAGCAAAGGAAGAGGGGAAGGAGAGGCGGGGAAGGGAGGAGGAGGCGGAGGAGGGGAAGAGGAGGGGAGGUCGGCUACUUGUGUUUGGAGGACCAAUGGCGGCAGCAGCAGCAGGUGGUGCUGCAGCAGCUGCUACAGCCAGUUGUGGUGGAGAGAGUGGGGAAGGUGGGGAAAGCGGGGGAGGAAGUGGGGGGAGUGCUGAGAGAGGAGGAUGGGGAGGAGGAGGGGAAGGAGGGGCAAGAGAAGGAGGGAUGCGUGGUCAUUGCGCGUCAGUCGCUGCUAACAUUCUGUCGCUUUGCUCCCCCGUCCGCCCCUCUUCUCGCCUCUGGGGGAAACGACCGACUCGUGCUGCUCUGGGAUGUGGCACACGCACUCUCUCCCUCCUCCUCCUCUUCCUCCUAUCUCUCCUCCUCGCCCUCUUCUCCUGGUUCCUCCUCCUUUGCCUGUUCGCCCCGAGCUAGAGAGGCCAGUGAAGCGGAGAGUGCUGAUAGUGAGUCUGACUCAAACAAGGAUGAAGGGCGGAAAGCGGCAGGUGGGAGGGAAUCGUUGGCUCCACUCAUUCGCAUACAGCAUGGACGGAAGUCACCAGCAACCAUGGCUUCCCUCAUCGCUAAGACCCCCGUCGCAGCGCAGACGGCGACUCUGAAGUCGUCGUUCCUGGGCUCCAAGCCGCAGGCGAAGGCCGCGAGCGCUGCGCUGCCAGUGAAGAAGUCCGACCCGCGCGUGGUGUGCCAGGCUGAUGACCGUUGGGGUGCGCUGGGCCGCGAUAUGUCCGACGACCAGCAGGACAUCACCCGUGGCUAUGGCCUGGUCGAUGCCGCCUUCCAGGGUGCUCAAGGCAUUGGCACGCACAAGGCUGUUCUGUCGUCGUACGACUACGUCAGCCAAGGCCAAAGGAGCCUGCAGUGGGACAACACCAAGGACGGCUACUACAUCGCUCCCGCGUUCAUGGACAAGGUCGUCGUGCAUCUUGCCAAGAACUUCAUGAAGCUACCCAACAUCAAGGUGCCGCUCAUCCUGGGAGUGUGGGGAGGCAAGGGUCAGGGCAAGACAUUCCAGAUGGAGCUCAUCUUCGCCAAGCUCGGCAUCAACCCCAUCAUGAUGAGCGCGGGAGAGCUGGAGUCCGGGAAUGCCGGCGAGCCCGCGGCGCUGAUUCGGCAGCGGUACCGCGAGGCGUCGGACGUGAUCAAGAAGGGCAAGAUGUGCUGCCUCUUCAUCAACGACCUCGACGCGGGCGCGGGCCGCAUGGGCGGUACGACGCAGUACACGGUGAACAACCAGAUGGUCAACGCCACGCUCAUGAACAUCGCCGAUAACCCCACCAACGUGCAGCUGCCCGGCAUGUACAACAAGGACGAGAUCCCCCGCGUGCCCAUCAUCGUGACGGGCAACGACUUCUCAACGCUGUACGCGCCGCUGAUCCGCGACGGGCGCAUGGAGAAGUUCUACUGGGCGCCCACGCGCGACGACCGCAUUGGCGUGGCGCAGGGCAUCUUCCGCCUCGACGGUGUCCCUGAGCAGGACGUUGUGACCCUUGUCGACACCUUCCCCGGCCAGUCCAUCGAUUUCUUUGGUGCCCUGCGCGCGCGUGUGUAUGAUGACGAGGUGCGCAAGUGGGUGGGCAAGAUUGGUGUGGACCAGGUCUCAAAGCACCUCGUCAACUCGCGGACGGGCCCGCCGAAAUUCGACCAGCCGAACAUGAACCUGGAGACGCUGCUGGCGUACGGCAACAUGCUGGUGAAGGAGCAGGAGAACGUCAAGCGUGUGCAGCUCGCCGACACCUACCUUGCAUCGGCCGCUCUGGGUGAUGCCAACCGCGACCAGAUGGAGCAGGGAACCUUCUUUGAAGGUGGCUAUGCCCAACAAGUGGGAGUGCCGGUGCCAUCAGGCUGCUCUGAUCCCAACGCUGUUAACUACGACCCCACCGUCCGCAGCGACGACGGCAGCUGCGUCUAUGACUUCGCCCAAUAA